UUUGACAUAUCCCAACCGAUUUAUAUCUUGGUUCAAUCAUAUGGUUAAAAGGGUGUUGUAGUACGUUUCAGUAUGAUAAGCGGUAAAAUUUAAUGAAGGAUAGGUGCAUAUUUGAUGAAAAUGAAUAGAAAUAAUGGAGGUAUCUCGGUUUAGUUUGAUUUGGUUUUGAUUAUUUGGUACGGUUAUGGGUAAUAAUAUCAAGACAAAGACCUAACCGGAAUAUAACGGCGUGAAAUAAACCGUGAGAAAAGAAAAGACUCGUAUUCAUCUCUUUCCCUCUCUCUCUCUCUGGAACAAAGCAAAGCCCUCUCGCAUCAUCGCACUGCUCAAUAGAACGCUCUCUCUACCCCCUCUCUCCGUGUGUUGUUUUCGUCUUCCUCUUCUCCGGCGACGUUCAAGGACUCCCGGGAGCAGUUAAGGUUGUAGCAAGAAGCGAGUUCAGAGAUGGGGAAUGCGUGUUGUGUUGCGGCUCGUGACAAAAUGGUCCUCGUCGUGCCUCCUAAUGAGACUGAGAGGAGGCAUUCUCCUACUUGGAGUUUCCGCUGGGAUAAUCAUAAUAGAGGAGGACGUGUUGCUGGUGAAGACUCCUCUCUCUGUUGGUUAUCUGAUGGUAUUAGCCGUAACGAUGGCUCUGAGAUCAAAUUUGGAUCUGCUUUUGUUUCAUCUCAAGGCUCUCCUCUGGACAGCUUUAGGACACAGCCACUGCACAAAUCUCCGGCCUCAGAUCUAUCUUUCCCAAGAAACUCUUCCAUGGAUACAGUCUUCGAGCAGAAGGAAAAUGAUUCGACACAAUCUGUGGCACCUUCAUAUCCAUCUCCUGCACAAUUCUCUCUUUCACACACAUCUUCUUUCCCAGCAUCACCACUUUCUCCCCAGAGCUACUUCCACCCUUCAAGUUCGGCGUCAUCGCUUAAACUGACACAGCGCCCUCGUCUAUCGAAGCAAGUCUCAGAUAGUCGAAUCUAUGGUAUGAACUCACUGAGUAGAAGCUCAGCAACUGAAGAGACGCAGGAAAUUCCUUUGAGAUAUGGUUCUUCUCAGAGUGGACCAUCUGAAAGUUGGUCAUUGCAAGCCUUUUCUGAAAUGAUGUCAUCUUCUCGCAGCAACGAGCCUUUGUCUUAUGAUAACGACUUCUUUGGGCUUGAUCGUGACAAGAUAGACCAUCAUGGCAACCGAGUAAUAUCCAAUCAUCAUCAGCAAACAUGUGGUGCCUGCUCUAGACCCUUGUCAGAGAAAUCCAUGUGGAGCAGCCAAAAGAUCUUCAUGACCAAUGAGCUCUCUGUGUCCGCAAUUCUAGCAUGUGGGCAUGUCUACCAUGGUGAGUGUUUGGAGCAGAUGACGCCAGAAAUCGAUAAAUUCGACCCGUCGUGCCCAAUCUGUACAUUUGGUGAGAAGAAAACGGCGAAACUGUCAGAGAAAGCGUUGAAAGUUGAGAUGGAUUUGAAAGCUAGGCACAACAAAAGACUCAGAAACCGAGUUUUGGACAGUGAUUUUGAUUGCGAUGAUUUGGUAAUGUAUGAUCACAGCCACAUGCCAGCAGCAGCAGCAGACAAGAGCCCUGAACUGGUCUCGAGUUCGAGCGUCAAAGGUUAUUCCGCAAAGCCUUUCUUGGCUAGACAUUUCUCUUUUGGGUCCAGAGGUAACAGUAAAUCAAUCAAAGAGAAUCUUCCCGUCAAAAAGAAAGGCUUCUUCUGGACCAAAUCCAGCAAAAUAUGAACUUGUAAGCUGCGUUUCUCUCGAUCUAUAUCUCUCUGACUCAAUUCGGUGAAUUUACACACGUUAGAGAUUGAAUGUGGUUGUUGUCGCAGGUUCUGUGUCUGUGUUGCUCUUUACUGUCUGACGGACACGGUACCACUUAAUUAAGACAGGCUAUUUGUUGAUACACACUUUCCUCAUUGGCUUUUCUUUUUUUUUUAUUGGUAUUUGCUAAAUUUUCACACAUGUAAAGUCACAACUUUAGAAUACAAGGUUGGGGAUAAUCACAACAUUGGAUCCUUUCUAGUUUAUAAAUUAUUCUGGCUGUGCAUA